GGGGCGACGGAAGUCAGCAGCCAGGGGACGACCGCAACUACCAUGUCUUCCCAACGGAUGUGCGCGUUCUUCGCCGUCUUCUGCCUCCUGCAGUGUCUCGGCGGCGUCUCCGCAGAGGCGCCCAGCAGGGAGAAGAGGUUCCUGCUGUCGACCAUAGUCAGCGGGAUCGCCAACGCCUUGCAGCAGACAGCGAACACAGCGACCAGCAUAGUCAGCGGGAUUGCGAACGCAUUAACUGGAGGCUCUAAAACUACAACCACUACAACAACUACAACCACCACUACAACUACGACUACACAGGCACCUACAACAACUACAGAGGCAACUACAACUACAGAGGCACCUACAACUACAACUACAGAAGCCACCACAACUACAACUACAGAAGCACCUACAACCACAACUACAGAAGCUACUACAACUACGACUACAGAGGCACCUACAACAACAACUACAGAGGCAACUACAACUACAGAAGCCACCACAACUACAACUACAGAAGCACCUACAACCACAACUACAGAAGCUACUACAACUACGACUACAGAGGCACCUACAACAACAACUACAGAGGCAACUACAACUACAACUACAGAAGCCACCACAACUACAACUACAGAAACACCUACAACCACAACUAUAGAGGCAAAUACAACUAUAACUACAGAGGCACCUACAACCUCAACUACAGCAGUAGCUACAACCACCACUACGGGAGCAGCUACGACAAACAUAACAUCGACGAGCAAGGGAGUAACUUCAAGCCUGAUAAAAACCACAACCGACUCAUCAAGUGAAACUAUCUGUUAAAGAAUCUUGAUUUCAUUAUCGUCUGAAAAAGAAUACCUAUCAAUGUCAAUAAAAAAGGUCGCCCAUUUAUUCGAGAAAAUGCUACCUCAUAUAAAAUAAAAUAUACUGAAUAUUAGUACAAUUUUAUUACUUCAUAGUACAAAAAACUUGGUCAACAUUUCGUGAAAAAAACAUAUAAUGUAAUAUUUUUGCAUACGAAGUAAACGGUUUUCUGGUUCUUAGAUUGAUUUAUAUUAAUUAGUAAAGAUAUUUUUUUUUCCUUUUUGAGAUUUUUUUUAUUGUGUCAAAAUAUUUAAUAACAUUUAAAAUAAAGUAUGAGAUUUGUAAUAUGA